AUGUCAAGAACUCUAAAAGUACCACUCCUCGAAACAACCCAUUCAGAAUCUGAUAGCAUUAAACAGCGAAGACAAAGCAAAUAUAAACCUCCUGAAAGUAUGGCAGUCACCCUGUCGAAAGGAUUAGAGUUUGCCCCACUCGCUCGUGUUCUUGUUAAUAGUAAUAUUUACUUUCUGUUCAUAUUUGGGUUGGUAGCAAUUCUGAUGGCACAGGAUAGGUCGUCAUCUAUGGCAUUUACAACAGCUCCUGGAAUUUACUGUAUUGUGUUGGCAAUCUUUAUCUACAUUGGGCAUUUUGUGGGUGAAUUCACAAAGCAGGACAAAAGUGUUGAUUCAAUCUUACGACCACGAGGAUGGCCACAAGUGGUUUGUAUCACCUUGUCAACCUUUAAUUUGAAUCCAGUGCAGUGUGUAUUUUGUAUCAUGUAG